CGAAAACAGACAAUAUGCUGCCUGCUGUUGUAAAGCUCUGCUGUGGAAUCUCCUACGCACAUCUGAGGAGUAUGGCAGGACUUCAACGCACAGCUGUGGCAGUGAUAGGCCAGGAGCUCGCACACCUGCAGACAUGGGGGCAGAUCCAACAUCACAUAAGAACACAUGCUGGAUUCAAGUAUACUGAGCCCAAACUUGAAGAUAUAAAGCCUGUGCCAUCAACAGAAGAUCAGCUAUUCUAUGUACAACAAGGCCAGGAAGCAAUGAGGAAUGCUCUCAGUAUGUUGGAGGACAAAGAAGGAUGGAAAGUUGAGAUUGCAGAGAGCGACGGGGAUGUGAUCUGUAGCAAAGUGAUGCCGGGGGCCAGGAAGGUCUUCAGGCUGGAGGCGGUCCUGGAGGCCAGCAUGGAUGAGCUCUACGACCUUUUGUUUGUCAGGGUGGAGGAGAUGCACCAGUGGAACCCGAGCAUACAGCAUAUCAAAGUUCUGAAGCAUGUUGGACCUGAAACAAUUGUCACUCACGAGGUUUCAGCCGAGACCGCAGGAAAUCUGAUAGGCCAAAGGGAUUUCCUGAGUGUCAGACACAGUUGCAAACAAAAGUCGGCCGUUUAUCUUGGAGGAGCAGCGAUUCAGCUGGAGUCCUUUCCACCUCAGGCAGGCUUUGUGAGAGCCGAGGAUGGACCAACCUGCAUCGUCAUUCAGUCUCUGGACGAUGACACAAGAAAAAGCCGCUUCACAUGGCUGCUUAAUAUGGAUGUAAAGGGCUGGCUGCCAAAGUCCAUUGUCAAUCAGGCUUUGCCCCGAGCACAGCUGGAUUUCACCAGACACCUCCGCAGACGUCUCACAGCGGGAGCCACCCUGCGCUGA